CGUUUUUUUCUUUAAUUUCAAUAAAAACCUUUCUAACUCCACCAAUAUAUAUAGACCCACAUUUCCCUUUGGCUCAUAAACCAAACAGCUUCUCUCAUCAAACAAGAUCAAUUCAUCUUAACUUCAGCAAUUAGUUCAAAGCUUCUUUUUGGUUUCUAAUACUAGAAAUGGCAUUCUUGAGAAGUUUAUUUGCUACCAAGCAAAUCAUUCGCCGGUCUUUUACUAUGGAAUCAUCAUCAACACCCAAAGGGUUCUUCGCUGUGUAUGUUGGAGAAAAUCUGAAGAAGAAGAGAUAUCUUGUUCCGGUUUGUUUCUUGAACAAGCCAUCUUUCCAAGCUUUGCUUAGGAAAGCAGAAGAAGAGUUCGGUUUUGAUCAUCCAACCGGAGGUUUAAGUCUACCAUGCGACGAAGCUUUCUUCUUCACUGUCACUUCUCAAAUUCGUUGAGCCGACACAAUUGUUAAAAGAUGUUUACACUCUCUUAGUUAAAGGAGGGAAAUACACAUUGUAAAUAUUACACUUUUAUAUACAGACCGAUGAGAAUAAUCUAUUUUGCUUUCGAAUUCUAUAUUAUUACAAACACGCUCCAUAUUAUUCUGAAGCCAAUAUCAAACUCUUUUUUU